AUGGAUAAUUAUACAAUAGACUAUUACAUUGAAUCAUUAAAUUCAAACAAUAAUGAAAUAUUACAUUUAGAAUUUAGAGAAGGAUUAAUACAACAAUUAGUCACCUUUAAGGGCUUACAAUCACGCCUAGUAAAGCAAAAGGAUGAUUUUGACCAAUCUUUAAACUUGAUCAAAGAUUACCAAAGAAACCAAGAGGAAUUUUACCAAGAACGUCGACAACUCUUUCUCGAUCGCCACCAACUCUGUCAAGACAACCAAAACUUAAAGAGAAUGGUUGAUCAAUUUACACUUGAAAAACAAUCAAUGAUGGAUCAAGUGGCAGAGUUAAAAGAGGAAAGGAGCAAAUUAACAAAAUCGGUUCAAAGCAAAGAUAACGAAUUGGUCUCUCAAAUACUAGUAAAGUUUAAUCAAAAGUUACACAAUGAUAAAGAAAACAUUCGAGUAACAUCUCAAUUGAUUGAAAUGCAACACAAACUAGAACAACAACAACAACAGUCAGAUCAACGAGCCAAUUUACAAGAUCAACAACAAAAAGAAUCAUUUUCAAAAUUGGUACAAUCACUGGAAUCAAAGAGAAAUCAAUUAGAAGAAAUGGUAGAGGAAAUCAACAAAACCAAAGUACAUUUGGAAAUUGAUUUAAAAAUCAACCAACAAAAGUAUAAUGAUUUAAAACAACAAUUUUCAAAAUUUCAAAAUAUUGGUCAACUCUUGUUCAAGUUUAUUAAAACACCAGCUGGACGCACCUCUUUUUAUGGUUAUUGUCAAUCAACCGUACCACAAAGAGAUAUGAAACAGUAUACUCCAUUUUUAGAUCAAAAUGAUCAACUUUAUAAAAAAUCAGACAUUAAAAUUGGUAGUAUUGUACUUGUUCAUGAUCUAAUUGCGCAUGGAUCAGGUAUUGUUAGAUUUAUUGGAAAGGUAUCAUUUGAAAAAGGUAUAUGGGUUGGAGUUGAAUUGGAUACAGCUGCUGGUAAAAAUGAUGGUGCAGUCCAAGGUAAAAGAUAUUUUACUUGUACUAAAAAACAUGGUGUCUUUGCGAAAUAUGAUAAAGUCUCUUUAUUAUCUGAACCAUCAAACUUUUCAAAAGUUUCAUCUUCUCUUCAAAUUUGUUAUUAA